AAAGAAGUGUCGUCAGUCAUGUAACGAUCAGGCGACUGAAUCGAGAUUAAAUAAUCUUUCUAAUCACAGUGAAUAAUAUUCCUGAUCAUUAUAUUCCUGACGACAGUGAUUGUGGAAUGAUGGUGCAGUCGUGCUCGGCGUACGGAUGUAAAAACAGAUAUCAUAAAGAUCAAAACAUCUCUUUUCACAAAUUUCCUCUGGCCAGACCAGAUGUUUGUGGGAAAUGGGUCGCUGCCAUUAAGAGAAGAAACUUCAAACCCACCAAGUACAGCAACAUCUGCUCACAACACUUCACCAAAGACUGCUUCAAACGAGAAUGCAACAACCGCGUGUUGAAGGACAAUGCCGUGCCGUCGCUCUUCACAUUCAGAGAAUUACAGAUGGAGGAGGAAUCUCUGGAGGUCUUCAGCUCAGAAAUGGACGUUUAUCAGCACCUGCCUCUCUGUGACGCUGAAGAGACACUGAUGGUCCACUCUGAGAUGGAUCUCUCCUCAUCCACACCUCCACCGCUGUCUGUCUCUGCCUCAGAGGAGCUCCACAUGGAGCACUACAGUACCUUCAUCUACUGUGAUCACAACUACACGGUGGAGGACAACAGCCUGCCCAAGAGACGCAUUGAGCAGCUGGAGGAAGAGCUGAAGAAACUACGCAAGAAACUCAAGACGGUGCAGCAGAAAUGUCGACGUCAGGAGAGACAACUGGAGCGCUUCCAUAACGACACUUCUCAUCAUCAGCCGCUCUCUGCCACUCAGACGGAGAUCUCCUCAUCCACACCUCCAACUGUGUCCACCACACCGGAGCGAAACCCGGAGCACCACAGCGCCUUCGUCUGCUGUGAUCACAACUACACUGUGGAGGACAGCGUCCAACAGAAGAGACGGAUGGAGCAGCUGGAGGAACAGCUGAAGAAACUGCUCAAGAAGCUCCAGACGGUGCAGCAGAAAUGUCACUGUCAAGAGAGACAACUGGAGUGCUUCAAAGCCUCCAGUGAUUUCCAGAAGGACGUGUCAUUGGAAAGCAGUUACGUGGUCUUACCUAAAGAGAUCUACUAUGUGCUGAAGAGAAUCGAGAGCAUUGGAGCAUUGUGAGGAACCCUUAAGGACCAAGCGUUCUUCAAAAUCUGUUUUUAUCUCUCUCUUGAGAAUCAAUCAUGACCCAGUGUGUGACAAUAUCACGUUAUGUUCUGUAUGAUUAAAGGAAAAAGAAAUUAAAAUAGAUGUUGGUUUCAUAAAAUUAAAUGGUUCUGCUGGGCUUUUUGAGAUGCUUUAAUAUAGAGUUUCUCUGUAUUAGAGAUGCACAAUAUAUCAGUGGACUUAUAAAGAUCAGUCAUAGUCAACAUCGGUAUUACACUGAUUAGAAUAACAUUGGAAAUGGAAAAUACCAGACCUUAUUUUUCCAACUCAAGCAGUAAGUGUUUCAGUGUGACCUGCAAUAACCAGUAUGAAAAGAUUCAGAUGAAAUUGUCUCCAACAGUAUUUCACACACUUCUUUAAAUCGUUUAAAUGCUCCAAUGGCAAAUGAGGCCCAAUGCAUGAGACGUCACUUGACCAAACACUGGCGAUUGAUACUGUCGACACUAUAACUAUCGGUUUCACUAUAACACAACACGUUUGCAUGCGCUUCAGUAAAUCAGGGUUUUCCACUAUCAGUACAUUUAAUUAGCAAAUGACUGCAGUUAAGAGUUUCUUUCCCAGUGUAAGUGUUUUCUCAUUUAAAUGUGUGAAAUGUAAAUGUUCAUUUGAAAUAGUUUAUUUUCCCUUUUGUGUUGUUUAAUCUCUUCAGCUCAUUGAACUGACUCAAGAAUGUUCCUCACAUGUUUUGAUCUCUGGACUGAACUGUGUCAUUGAUGUCUCAAAGAGUUCAAUGUAUUAAAACCAAACAGAUAUUUUUAAUAGAUAUAUAGACUGAUAUUAAAGGGCUUUCUCAAGCUGAUGUUUGCCGUUUCUGCAGAUUUAUUUAUUGUUCUCAAAACAGUAAUCGUUGUGGAACCAGUGAAAGCCAUACUGUAUAUGGAAUAAAUGUAAUUUUGGUUAAGGAAAAGUUCAGUCAUAGUUGCCUCAUGGUCACAAUGCAAUUGUUAAUGUGGGUUGACUGUUUUAAUACAACGUUCUCAAUAAUCA